AUGGCAUACAUGUCCCUCUGGCCAAUGGUGUUUAGAAAGGAGCCCUUGGUUACAUGGGUUCACAAAAACUUUCAGGGUAUACUCACAAACGAAACAAAGUGUUUAAGAUGUGAGACUGUAACUGCAAGAGAUGAGACACUCUUAGAUCCGAGCCUUGAUAUUGAGCAAAACAAUUCCAUUACAAGUUGCCUAAAGAACUUCAGUUCCACAGAGACUUUAAAUGCUGAGGAUAAGUUUUUCUAUGAUAAGUGCUGCAGCACAGAAGAGGAUGGAGAUCAAGAAACAGCUGCAUAUUUUAGUGAUACAUGUCGCAAAUAUGCCAAAUCUGAAAGGGUUAUUUUCCAUUAUAAUAGUCAUGGUGUACCUAAACCAACUACCAAUGGUGAAAUUUGGUUUUUAACAGGUGACCUUGACUCAUGGCUCAAGACUCCGUCCAUAUAUGUUUCUGAUUGUUCUGUUGCAGGGAUGAUUGCCAAUGCCUUCAUAGAGGAUUGGACUCCCUCAAGUUCUUCUUUAGGAACUUCACCAAGAGACUGUAUUCUACUUGCAGCAUGUGAAGCACAUGAAAAAGUCAUGAACAGAAUACCUGGGAGACAAACUGAUCGUAAGAAACUUCUUGGUGAGUUGAACUGGAGAUCUGCCUUUAUUGAUUAUUCACUUGAUUGUUCUCUUGUAUCUUAUCCAAUGUUACCUCCAACUCAUCAACACCAUAUGUGGGAUGCAUGGGAUAUGGCUGCUGAAAUCUGCCUUUCACUUGAUUGUUCUCCUGUAUUUUAUUUUGGUUAUGGUUUGACCACGUGUCAUUACAGGGACUUUGAUCUUGUGAAAGCAUCUGGAUUGGUUCCUCCUGUGAUGCGAUCAUACAGUAAUAAUAUUAAUGGGGAUUAG